AUCAAGGGUGUGUCUAGUUUGUUCUGGUGCACAGAGCUGUUGUGGGAAGGGAUCUCUCACCCACAAUAGCAGAACAGGUUUGUGUGCUAACCUAGCUUUCCCUAUAAGGGUCGGUAGCACCUGCUGCUGCUCCGUUAGUUCAGAAGGAGAAAGCAGGUGGCUCGCUGUUGACUCCGGGUGAAGGAACAGGCAGAGAUGGCUGCAACUACUGCCCAGCCAAUGGGCAGCCUGCCCAGCGGACUGGGGAUAUGCACCACAGCCCCGGAUAUAUUUUACCUGCCUGAGCUGGUGUUCGGCGGUCUGGUGUGGAUCCUGGUGGCGUCCACCCACGUGGACCCACCGAACCCUCUGGGCUGGGUGAUGUUCGUCUCUAUCUUCUGCUUCGUCUUGACCUUCCUCUGGAUGAUCAUCUUCGCUGCCGGGGGUCACAAGAGCAGCUCCGGCUGGGCUGCCGCUGACUUCGCGUACCACGGCCUGGCAGCCUUCUUCUACCUCAGCGCAGGUGUGGACUUGGCUUUCAUCACCCUUAUGAAGAAAACAGGUGUAUUAAGAAUCUACCAGAUUGACAUCGCUGCUGUGGUGUUCGCCUUCGUGGCAACUCUCCUCUACUUCAUCCACGCCAUCCUCUCCGCCAUCCGAUGGAAAAACUUCUGAAGAGCGAUGCUGAUUCACAAACCUGCGUGUCCAAGAAGUACUGUGCCUCCUGUAUGUGUGUGUGUGUGUGUGUGUGUGUGUGUGUGUGUGUGUGUGUGUGUGUGUGUGUGUGGUGGAAUUACACACAAGUGACAUCAGCCUCCUCCGAUUCGUAAUGAAGGAUUUGAACCCCAUUUUUGAGACAUUUAAUGAUGUUCAGUGAAGGUUGAGUGGGUAGGGAUUUGUGGAGAAGCACCAAACCAAAAAAAAAAAGGAAAACAAAACAAAAAAAAGAAUCAUUCAAAGCAUGCAGGAAAAAAAAAAUUAAACAAUGGAAGCAAAUGAAGAGCUGUAGCUUAGAAAUGAGAUACUGUGUGUUCUUACCAAAACCAAUGACAUGAAAUUAAUAAUUUAAGGUGCAAAAAUUGGUAAAAGUGCAGUUGUUUUCAUCAGCCAACGGCGAAGUGUAUUCAUAUAUUUAACCCACAUCAUUUUGAGCAAAUGGUCAUUUAUUACAUGAGAGAAGUUGUCUUUUUUUUUUGUUGGUGUCAUUUUAGAGAACCAUGGAAUAAGCUGUAAAUGUUACUAUUGCAGCCCGAGUUUCCAUGGUAAAUUUUUAAACAUACAACAUCUUUCCUCAAAUUAUUAUCUGUGUUGAGCCUUACAUAAAUAUUUUUACUGGAUUUAUAUCAUACGUAUACAUGAGUAAAUAAAUACAUUAUUUGUUGUAAUAUAUUGAAUGUAUUUUGAAAAAAAAAACCAAACUAAACUAAAAGGUGUGCAGAGUUAAUGUCGUGUACAACACAUGCUAAUGUUGGUGUAAUAAGAUGAAGAUGAGAUUAAAGCGUGCUUGAUGAUUUUUAGUAAAGAAAAUAAUGAAAGCUCGGGCGGAUGGAGAACGCAAAAUAAAACUGAAGAAAAAAGUUGUUUGCGGAGAGUUAGGUGAGAAGAUUGAUACCACUCUCAGGUCUGUAUGCUUUAUAUGAAGCUUUAGCUUUAGCUUAGCACGGAGACUGGAAGCAGGGGCGGAACAGCUAGCUUGGGUUUUGUCCAAAGGUAACGAAAUUUCAGCGGUCAGCGUUGGCUCUAUUAUUAGAGAGUGGCAAUGGCAGAUUUCCCCAAAAUGUUGAACUAUUCCUUUAAGGGGCAGUUCACCAAAAUCGCUAAAGAAGGAGAGAAAUAAAAACACCAGAACAAAACGUAUAUUUUUACCUACUCCUGACUCCUCCUAUCUAGCCGUGCAGAUAGAUUCAGAUUUAUAUGAAACCGAUCACAGUGAGGUCUACAGUUGCUGUUGGAUUGUUUCUCUGCAGUGACUAUAAAGAGUUAGUUAUAAAAUCCUUCUCAACUAUCAAUAUGUUUUUGUUUUUUUAGAACUGAUGCAUUUUUCUUACUCAUAUAGAAUUAAUACCAGCAAAUCAUCAGUACUUUAAGGAUGGCGAAGUGUAUUUUUUAGCUAAAAGAGCUCUGGUUGAAAUUUGUAUAGAAAUACAUUUUUGUACAC